AUAAUUAUUUCGAUGAUACUCAACUACAUAUAAAACCAUGUUAUUUCAUUUGCUUUGUUAAAUUAUUUGGAAUUAGUAUAAAAAUUCCGAGAAAUUUUACAAUCAACGAAUUCUUCUAUAUCAAGGGAAGUGUUUCCUUAAAUAGAGGCAACAAAAAAUUGAAAAAGGUAUAUUAUUUCCUUUCGAAACGUUAAGACGUAUUGUUGAUUUGUUCAACUGACUUGUACGUAUGUCAUCAAUAGUUAAAACGAAACAUAUUAACAAUCGAAUAUUCGGAGUAAAACAAGAAACGUGUGACAAAAUUCUUUUUGGAAAAGGUGAUAAACAGUUUGAUUAAUUAAAUGGUUAUUUUUAACAAGAAACCAAAUUGGAGUUUAAAAUUCAUCUUUGGUAAGGUUAAAGAUAACGAAUGGAGUGAUGAAAUAUUUCAUUUUCUUAUUAUUCAAUGAAUUGAUAUGUAACAAUCGAUCAGACAAAAUUUAAGUUGUGUGCAAAUUAAAUAUCAAUAUAAUUUCGAGAAAAAUUCAAAAAUAUUCUAUCGAUUGAAUGUUUUAUAAAACAUUAAAACGGAAACAAAAAUAUCUAAAAAUUAUAACCAUGAAAUCUCCAAAAAUGUCUGUAAAAGUAUCUGGUAAAAGAAGAAGUAGAGUUAUACGAAAAAAUCCAUUACGUAAAGUUAAUAAGAGAAAUAGUAACAAUAUUAUCAUUGAUACAGUUUGUAAUAAAAAAAAUGCUCAAUCAAGAACUCCUUUGAGAACCGUUUAUACAGGCUCUAUCGCUAAAAAUGGUGACAAAAAUGGAUGCUAUAAUUUAUCAAUGUCGAAUUCGCGUAAACGUAGCAAUAAAUCAAAAGAAUUUCCUCCAAGUAAGAGACGGAAAACAAUUGAUUUAUGUGAAACUAUUGUUCUAAGUGACGAUGACGAUGAUGAUGAUGAUGAUAAUCAUCAUGAUAAUAUUAAUAAUAAUGGUGGAAUAUGUUACGGUAGUACUGAAAGAACGGAAUUGUCUCGUAGUCAUGAAAAUUCUGACAUUAUUCUAUCAUCUCCGUCACCAAAGAAUGCACGUAGAUCGAAAAGAAAUAGAAAUAAAUCCAUAAAAAAAAGGAGAUCGAUCUCAAAUAGUAACCAGGAUACUGCAAACUCUGCUAACGACGACGAUUCAAAAGAUGGAGAUGAGGUUUGUGUUAUAUGGUCUUCAACAUGUACAAUGCCUAAUGAGGAUGAAAUUAAGUUAGAACAAGCUAGUGAUCAUAACGGAGAGAAAUAUUUUUUUGAUACUGUUGGAGAUAAAUCGAAUUUCUUCAAACUCAGUUUAUUUCCAGUAAAUAAAACCAUAUUCACAGGUUCAAAAAGAGAUGAAAAAGAGUGUAGUAAUAAUAAUAAUAAUAAUGAUAAUACUGUUAAUAUAUCUUCACCAAGUCCAACAACGUCCGAAAAUGAACUCUCAUCUAGAAAAUUAAGAGAAAUAGUUGUUGAUGGGCUCAACGUCACUUAUGGAUAUACACGUAAAAAAGUAUUUUCAAAGAAAGGAUUACAAUUGGUUUUGGAUUAUUUUCGAAGUCGGGGACAUGAUGUUAAAAUUUUCAUACCACAAUUUGAGCGAAGUAGAGAGAGACAGUUUCUUGAAGAUUGGUAUCUUAAAGGAUAUGUUAUUUUCACUCCAAGUAGACGAAUUGCUGGUAAAAAGAUUAUAUCUCAUGACGACAGGUUUAUUUUGGAUUAUGCCACUAAGUGUAAAGGAAUAGUAGUUUCUUCUGAUCAAUAUAGAGAUUUAUGGAAAGAAAAACCUGAAUGGAGAGAAACAAUUGAAUUCAGAUUAUUACCUCCAACAUUUGUAGGAGAUUACGUUAUGUUUCCUGAAGAUCCUUUAGGAAGAUCGGGACCAAGACUUGAUGAGUUCUUAAGGCAUUAAUCUGUUUUGAAGUUACAUUAAUUAAUAUAAAAAGGUCUUGAUUUGUUACCAAAAAUUAUUACAUUUAUUUUUUAAUGCUAUUAAUACAAAAUGUUAAGUAAAGUUACUUACAAAAGUGUUCUAAGCAGUCGAAUUGUAAAUUCGAAAUUAAAUUGCUACAAUUUUGAUAUGAAUCUUGCAUUAGAAAAGUAUUCAAAUCGAAAUUUAUAGCAAUUAAUUUCAAAUUUACACAAGUAUUUGUGUAUAUAGAAUUUUUCAAAAACUGUUAUAAAAAUUUUUCUUUUUCUAGCUUGAAAAAUUUUUCAAAAAAAAAAAAAAUGAAACAAAAAAUGCAUUUUAUAAGAAGGUUUUGUUGAUAUUAAACUUAGUUUAAUCCCAUGAUGGUCUCCAACACCAUUUUCUUGAUUGACGAACAAAUUCCAUACUUUCUUGAGCAGUUUCUCGGGCUAAUUUUUGCAUUGGAGUUGCCGUAUCAGAAUCUAACUUCACACUAGAUAAGAUUGUUUCAUGUUCCAACGCUGAACUAACAGCUAAAAAUAAUUUUUUCCGUACAUUAAAGUUUUCUACUUGAAAAUAUAAAUUAUCAAUAAAUAUAUAAACUUA